CGCCUGCGCGCGGCCGCGUCAUCCCCUCCCGCGCAGCGGACCGGAGCGGCAGCGGAGCGGCGGCUGCAGCGCGUCUCCUGCUCGGCUCUGUGUGCGAGCGCUGCCCGCCGCCUGGGCCGAUCUGCGACUCCACCUCAUGUGACAGUUGCACCCAAGUGCUGACAAACACCGGCCGCAGCCAUGGGAGCCUUCGGAGCGUUAAUGGGGAUCUUACCGUACGUGGGACUUUACCUUCAACUUAACGCGGCGCUCCACGUCGGGCACGGCGAGGCGGACAACCGCGUCUCGGGAAACGCUUUUUUUACCGAGGUGCCACACGACACCACGACGCAGAGCGGCGACGAUGUAGAGAUGGCUUGUUCCUUCCGAGGGGCGGGCUCGCCCUCCUACUCCCUGGAGAUCCAGUGGUGGUACAUCAGGAACCUCAGAAACUGGCAAGAGGAGUCAGCCCAGAUGACUAAUUAUGUUGUGCCCCUGGAGGAGACGUCCAAAGACGCAACCAAAAUUAGCGUGGUAAAAGUGGCCGGAAGCAACAUCUCCCACAAGCUCCGUCUCUCCAGCGUCAAGCCAUCAGACGAGGGCACGUACGAGUGUCGUGUCAUCGACUUCACCGGUACCGUGGCGCAGGACCACCGCGUUCGCGCCUACCUCCACGUGGAGCCGGAGAGGAGUCGGGGUCCGGACGACGCCAGGCUGCCGGAGCCGGGACGCCGGAUGCAGGGGAGCCACCCGCAUCCCCCCCCACGAGACGGAGGGCAGGGAACUGGAGAGGAGAUCAACUGGCAGCACCACUGACUGAAAUGAGAACUGUGUGCUGUAGAGUGGGUCUGUGGUGAGUCUGCAUGGUCCUGACCGAUCUGUGACGGGGGACGGUCAACAACACACACGUCACCACAGAGCUGAGACGCUGAUUGUAACUGGACCCUUUGUGUUUAAUCGUUCAUUUAUCUACUCUAUCUUUAAUAUUACUGUUUGGAUGCCAAUGCUGUUGAAUGCCAAUAAAGGGCACGAUUUUAUUGAAAGUAUUUAUCAGUAAGUUUUUUUUUGUUUCUUUGGGGGGUUUUUUCUCACUGUGCUUUUUUCCUAUUGUAUUAAAUUUUUGGUUAAUCUGACAGCAAGGCUACAACGACAAAGACGCACUUUUAAUUUUGUUAUUUUGUUUGACCCAGAGUCAUUCAGUGGCCAAACACCCAGAACUUUUCCUCACAAAGUUGCAGUAAAUGGCAGCAGAGGGUCAGAAUUAUUAUAGCUUAUAAAUAAUAAACAGAGCAAAGUCGGGGUUCACGGAUCCAGACAAAGAACAAACCUUUUCCCUUUGCAAUGUGCCAGUACUUCUGUCUUUUUACUAAACCAUGCGCCGUAAGCUGCAAUAUUUCAAUGUAAAUGCUUUCCAAGGAUUAAAGAGUAAAUUAAACCUUAUUUUUUCUUUGUUUUAUGAAAACUUUUCAAGAUGCAUAAAUUUCAUUUCUGUAAUCUCUGUUUAAACAAAAAACGACCUUGUUUGUUAAAAUACAUAUGUAUGGAUUCAUCACAUUGAGACUUUAGUAUAAAUUCUUGUGUAGAUUCACACACUGUAAAAAAUAAAGUUUCACUGUUCUGCCUGAUAACCCCAGAAACCCAACCGAGGUAUGUUAAUCACUCCAAAACCUUUUGUCGUAAUUUUCUCAACCACACUAUGAACUUUUAUCUAAGCCUUUACAUGUAUGUUUGUCAUCUCCUCUUGACUGUUUGUUGUAAGUACUGCUGUUUGGUAUCUGUUCUGUUAAAUACAUUUAUUUGAAAUCAA